GCUUUCGGCAUCAGAUCCGACAGUAGCUAACUAUCCUUCACAACGCUCACCAAGAUAAACUUCUACGUAUUCAUCCCCCAAGUAAACACAAUCAUGGUCACCACCCAGCAAGUUUUCAGGCUGUCACAGCGAACCUCCAUUCGAGACCUUGAGACCAGGGACGAGCCGAUCCCCGAGCCCUCCUCGAACGAAGUCUUGAUCCACAUCCGUAGCGUCGCUCUCAACUUCCGCGACUAUGCCGUCGCGACCGGCAAGUACCCUUUCCCCGUCAAGGACGAUGUCGUCCCGUGUUCGGACCUCUCCGGCGACGUUGUCAAAGUCGGCAGCCACGUCGAUGACUUCGCCCCGGGCGACAGGGUCAUCUCCGUCUUCGACAUCAGCACCCUCUACGGCGCCAUGAAGGACUGGAACCACAGCCUUGGUGGGAAGCUCGACGGCGCUCUUCGGCAGUACAUCGCGCUUCCCAGCGCCGCGCUGGUCAAGAUACCGGCCGAGGCGAGGCUCAGCUACUCUCAGCUGGCUGCCCUUGUCUGUACCGGAAGCACGGCUUGGAACUCUCUCUAUGGAAAUAUCGCCCUGAAGCCGGGACAGACUGUGCUCUUCCUCGGGACUGGCGGUGUUUCCGUGACGGGCCUCAUUCUCGCCAAGGCAGCUGGCGCAACCACCAUUAUCACUUCGUCAUCCGACUCGAAGCUCAAGCACGUCCAAGAAACGUACGGCGCCGACUUCGCCAUAAACUACAAGACCACGCCCGACUGGUCCCAAGAGGUUCUAAAGAUCACAAAGGGCCAGGGAGCGGAUUUCAUCUUCGAGAACGGCGGCGCCGGGACUAUCGCCCAGAGCAUCAACGCCGUGGCGUAUGGCGGCUCCAUCGCCGUCAUCGGCUUUUUGUCGUCCUGCUCUCAUGACCAGAUGCCCGACGUCGCAGCGCUCGCUCUGUCCAAGGGGGCGGUGGUUCGGGGAAUCAUGGUCGGCUCGAAGCAACACCUGGAGGAAGUCUCUCGCUAUGUCGUGGCUCGGGGGUUGAAGGUCCCUGUGGAGAAGGAGUUCGGUCCGGGACGAGACGAGAUCAUUGCUGCCUUUGAUUACCUGGCCAACGGUACUCAUGUCGGCAAGGUGUGCGUUCGUAUGUCUUGAAGAUGCUGAACAGAGAUAGCAGAUAUCCCGCUGCAGGUGUUUGAUGUUAGGAUCACCAAAGGUUGUAGGGGUUUGGAAUACAGUUCAUACAGGACAUCGAAUGCCGAACAUGUACACUAAACCCGAACGCUACUUAUAAAGAAGCAGGGUAGACCUUCGGAUGGAGGUCAAAUUCUCUCCUGCAAUUAUUGCUGUAGUCGAUAACUAAUGCCUGGCCGUACUCCUCGUCUUGGUGGUCGCAUCGAAACAAUGACAACCAUUUGACGUUCAAGACAGUUGCUACACCUAUCACGCCCUUACCCACUUUGUUUCUCAUUAAGCUCAUUAAACUAUAGAUUACAACCGCAUAUAUCAUUACUGGCCGCUACCGUACGAUGCUAUUUGGCUUUGCAUACAUUCGAUGCUACUCUGAACUCUUGAUGCUCUAGUGAGUCUUGAUCUGUAUGAU